AUGGAUGCUCCUAGUGCUUCAAAUCAACAUAAGUCACACAGCAUCACCGAACGCGUGAAGACUACUUUCAAAAAGUGGAAAAGAGAUAAACAUACACAUUUUAUUACCCUUAAAUCAAGCAUUUCAAACGUCACCGCAGAUCUGGCCGCGAAGGGUGAUCCAGCCAGUUCUAAAUAUGACAGUUCCCAAACCAACGACCACAACACGAAGGAUUUUUGGCAGAUGGCGUACGAAGCGUUAACAGAGAGCGACCCGAACAGUAUAGCAGUGCUUUUCCCGCUUACCGGGACAAAGUCUCAGGAUACUGGCAAUGCACGAACCAGAGAAAAAUUGGACGAGGUAGUUGAGGCAACAAAGGCGCAGUACAAGGAAAAGCAGGGAAAGGAUGGCAUUCGGGCCACAGCCGAUAAAAUAUUAAACUCAGUGCUGUCUUUCCAAGAUGUUGUCGAUAACAUUGUGAAAUUUGAUCCGACUGGGUACGCUUCCAGUGCUUGGGCGAUAGUUUCCCUUGGUAUAACGAUGGCUAAGAACCAUGCAGACCUCCGAGGGGCUCUAUUUAGCUCGUCAGAAUACUUGGCGGACUUGUUGACUCGUUGUGCCUUCAUUGAAGAACAGUAUUAUGGGGAUGGAGACCCUAACAUAGUGAAUGCCGAAAAAAAAGGGUCGAUUAUCCGGGUGUAUGUGGCAAUCUUGCGAUACUGCACCGAGGUACGGAGAGUACAACAGUCCAACAAGGGAAGAGACAUCAUGGUGAGCAUAACGGCUAUUACAAGCCAGCCACUCACGCAGCUCAAAACCUCGAUCAAGGAAGAGGAGUCCCACCUGCACCAGUGGCUGGUUCUGGACCAGCACUUGCGUCGGAAAAAGGAAGCAGAGGAUAUUCUGAAUCACCUCGAUCAAUUGACCGGGGAUCUCCAAAAAGUACGUGAUGCAGUUGAUAUGUUAAAUCUUCCUUUUGCCAAGGGCGCUUUUUUUGGCUCCUUUGAGGACCAGCAUGAGGAUGAAUGCCUUGCUGGAACGCGAACAGAGUUGCUUCGGCAGGUGCAGGACUGGGGUAGGUCCAGUGACAAAUGUAUCUUCUGGUUGAGCGGAAUGGCAGGCACUGGCAAGUCUACUAUUGCGAGAACGGUAGCCCGAAUGUUCAAAGAGGAUGACAUGCUCGGGGCAAGUUUCUUUUUCAAACGGGGCGAGGGAGAUCGGGGCUCGGCAGUAAAGUUUUUUCCAACAAUUGUGAAGCAAUUAGCAGUGCACAUCCCUCAAAUGGUCCCCGGAAUCCGAAAAGCUAUCGAAGAUGAUCCUGCAAUUCCCGGAAGUUCACUUCGAGAUCAGUUUAAUAAGCUCAUCUUACAGCCAUUGCUCACUGUCGAUCAUGGCAAAGUCAUGAAAUCUACAGUAAUUGUCAUCGACGCUCUAGAUGAAUGCGAACCAGAGGAGGACAUGGAAAUCAUCCUCGACCUUUUACCCGAGGUUGAGACGGCAACAAAUAUGGCAAUCCGAUUCUUCUUAACCAGCCGGCCGGAGAUACCCAUCCGUUGUGGGUUUGAUGAAAUCGAUAAGAGCAAGUACCAGAAUACUAUCCUGCAAGAUUUGGAUGAAGAUUUGAUAAAACAUGACAUCGCCUUAUAUCUCAGAGAAGAAUUCUCCAAAAUACAGCAGAAGCGCCGGCAUGCUCUUCCCCCCGGCUGGCCUGGAGAGGAAACAAUCGAAGCCAUAGCAAUGAUAGCUCGUCCGCUCUUUAUCUUUGCAGCCACGGUGUGUCGUUUCGUGGCCGAUAGGCAUUUUGACCCGGAUCAGCGGCUUCGGGAGUUCUCUGGUUCUACAGGAUCCAAGAUGGAUAGCACAUACCGACCGGUUCUGAACCAACUCCUUGUCCAGGAUGCUACGGAUCGGUAUAAGCUGAUUAAAGAGUUUCAAAGAAUUAUUGGUGUAAUCAUUCUUCUUGCUAAUCCACUUUCAUUGAGCUCUCUUGCGGAGCUGCUGCUUGGAACAUCGAAACACGAUAGCACCUUCGAUUUGGAACGCCAGAUUAGCAUUCAUCUGAACUUAUUCCAUUCAGUCCUGUCAAUACCCAGCGAUCCAAAACUACCUAUACGGACCCUGCAUUUGUCCUUUCAUGAUUACCUUGUGGAUGAUCGUACGAAAGACCAAGAGGCUACGGCUCAAUUCUGGGUGGAUAAAAAGGCAAAGCAUGAGCUCAUAGCCAGCCAGUGUCUUACAGUUAUGGGACGUUCUCUAAAAAGAAAUAUUUGCGAACUGUCAAGCUAUGGGACGAGCCGAACAGAAAUACGCCCUGAUUCUAUAGCAAGAUAUAUUCCAUCCGCUCUUCAGUACGCCUGUCGUUACUGGGUUUACCAUCUAACCCAAGGUCCAGCACCAGCCAGAAUCCUUGAAAAAGUGCACACAUUCCUGAAGAAACACUUCCUUCAUUGGUUUGAAGCCAUGGGCAUUCUGGGAAUAAUACCUGAAGCCAUAAUUGCAGUGAAUUCAUUGCUCCAACUGACCAAAGAUAAAUCCAGUAACGAAAUGCAUAUUCUCCUAUUAGAUGCGCGCAGGUUUAUCCUAAAAUUUGCACAAAUUGCUGAUAUGGCACCACUGCAACUGUACAGCUCUGGCCUGAUUUUUGCACCACAUAAAGCGUUGUUCAGAGAGAUCUAUGAAAGAGAACUUCCUGCUUGGUUAUCCAGAGGCCCAAAGGUAGAAGAGUAUUGGGAUCCAGAGAUGCAAACGCUGGAGGGCCAUUCUAACUGGGUUUACUCGGUCGCCUUCUCAAACAACGGGCAGCUGCUGGCAUCCGGCUCGCGCGACAAGACUAUCAAGCUAUGGGAUGCGGCCACGGGCGCUCUUGAGCAUACAUUGGAGGGCCAUUCUGAUCCGGUUUACUCGGUCGCCUUCUCAAACAACGGGCAGCUGCUGGCAUCCGGCUCGUAUGACAAGACCAUCAAGCUAUGGGAUGCGGCCACGGGCACUCUCAAGCAUACAUUGGAGGGCCAUUCUAAUUGGGUUUACUCGGUCGCCUUCUCAAACAACGGGCAGCUGCUGGCAUCCGGCUCGCACGACAAGACCAUCAAGUUGUGGGAUGCGGCUACGGGCGCUCUCAAGCAUACAUUAAAGAGCCAUUCUGGUUUAGUUUACUCGGUCGCCUUCUCAAACAACGGGCAGCUGCUGGCAUCCGGCUCGGGGGACAAGACCAUCAAGCUAUGGGAUGCGGCCACGGGCACUCUCAAGCAUACAUUGGAGGGCCAUUCUGAUCCGGUUUACUCGGUCGCCUUCUCAAAUAACGGGCAGCUGCUGGCAUCCGGCUCGUAUGACAAGACCAUCAAGCUAUGGAAUGCGGCCACGGGCACUCUCAAGCAUACAUUGGAGGGCCAUUCUGAUCCGGUUUACUCGGUCGCCUUCUCAAACAACGGGCAGCUGCUGGCGUCCGGCUCGGGGGACAAGACCAUCAAGCUGUGGGAUGCGGCCACGGGCGCUCUCAAGCAUGACAUAAGCACUGAUGAUGUGGCCACCAGUGUUGAAUUUUCGGAGCACCUGCCACUACUGAUUAGUAACAUAGGAUCUUUUGAUAUCCGAAACUGCUAUGAAAGCUUCUUAACUUCCUCCGAGAAGGUGGCAGAGGUAUCUCUGGAAGCAGAUCGAUGGAUUACUGUGCAGGGUCAAAGAGAGCUAUGGCUACCUCCGAAUUAUCAUCCUUCCUCAUCAACGGUCAAAAACAGCACUAUUGCAGUCGGUAGUAUGAGCGGCAGAGUUGCCAUGAUUGCAUUCUCUGUCAUGUGA